AUGCAUCAAGAACUCGUGGAGCUGAGAGAUGUCAAGGAUGCCGCCCUGGAGGUGACUGAGGCCAUGGAAAUUCCACAAAAGGAUGGAGAUGAGCCGCUCACACUAGCUGGGAGGCUCCGCAGGGUGCAUGGAGCCUUCGAGGGGUUUGUCUCUACCAUCACCCGGCAUGUUCUCAGCUUGCAAACCAGAAUUGUCAAGAGGGAGGAUCUGUUCAUCACAACCAAGCUAUGGAAUUCAGAUCACGGUCAUGUGAUUGAAAGCUGUAAGGACAGCUUGAAGAAGCUGCAGCUAGGUAAUCUUGAUCCCUAUCUUGUUCACUUCCCAGUAGCUACUAGACAUACUGGAGUUGGUACAACUUCUAGUGCUCUUGGUGAUGAUAGUGUGCUUGACAUUGAUACCACUGUCUCAUUGGAAACAACAUGCCAUGCAAUGGAAGAACUUGUUUCUAUGGGACUGGUCCGCAGCAUUGGGAUCAGAACUAGAUAUGGGCAGCAGGAUGAAUUGCUAGUUCUAUCAUUACUAGUUCUUUUCAAUUUUGACAACUUCAACAUGGCUGCCAUCUGA